CAACACUGACACUUAACGGAUAUGUAUUAAACAUAUUACAGUGUUGGCUGGUAUAAAUAAUUAUGCGGUCACGUUCCUCGUUGCGCGAUAGUUGGUACCUCACUUGAAAUUUUAACAACAUGGCGUCUCAGGUUGGGAAGAAAAUAAUAUUUUAUGUUUUGUGUUACCGUUUAAGGAGAAAUAUAAAGUAGAAUAGUUCUGAAGUCGUGUUCAGCUGGAUAUGAUUAUCAAAACCGGCAACGAGCAUGAAGAUAUGAAUAGAUUAUUAGAUGAAGAUGUGGAAACAAAUUCUGUGGUCACAGAAGUGGUGGACGAGACUACCUCAGAACAUCGUAUCAUCUUUGUGAAUCGACCCCAGCCUACCCGAUAUUGUAGUAACCACAUCUCCACUGCCAAAUACAGUGCCCUGUCUUUUGUGCCAAGCUUUCUCUUUGAGCAGUUUCGGAGAUAUUCAAACUGUUUCUUUCUGUUCAUAGCACUGUUGCAGCAAAUACCAGAUGUGUCUCCAACUGGACGAUAUACAACUUUGGUUCCUCUUAUAUUUAUUCUCAGUGUGUCAGCAAUCAAGGAGAUUAUUGAAGACAUAAAGCGGCAUCGAGCGGACGGUGAAAUUAACCACCGUAAAGUCGAAGUGCUGCGGGAUGGUCAUUGGCUGUGGGUUAAGUGGCUCGAUGUGACAGUUGGGGAUGUUGUUAAGGUCCACAACAACAGCUUCUUUCCAGCAGAUUUGGUCAUUCUGUCCUCCAGUGAGCCUCAAGCCCUCUGUUAUAUUGAGACAUCAAACCUAGAUGGAGAGACAAACCUAAAAAUUCGCCAGGCAGUACCAGAAACAGCAGGAUUGCUUGAAAUCAAGGACCUCACACAGUUCACUGGCACUCUGGAGUGUGAACAACCCAACAGGCAUCUUUAUGAGUUCAGUGGCAUCAUGAAGGAAACAAACAAACAGGCACUCCCAUUGGGCCCAGACCAAGUUCUUCUGCGUGGGGCCAUGCUUCGCAACACCAGUUGGGUGUUUGGUAUUGUUGUUUACACGGGUCAUGAGACGAAGCUGAUGAAGAACUCAACGUCAGCUCCUUUAAAACGGUCUUCAGUAGACAAGAUGACCAAUGUACAAAUACUUCUCCUUUUUUUCAUUCUAAUUGUUCUUUGCCUUCUGUCAGCAAUUUUUAGUGAAUUGUGGAUUAAGAGUCAUCCCAAGGACUGGUACCUAGGGAUGAAUGAUCUAAUAAAUGUGAACUUCGGAUACAAUCUACUGACAUUCAUCAUAUUAUAUAACAAUCUAAUUCCUAUCUCAUUGCAAGUUUCAUUGGAAGUUGUGCGGUUUGUUCAGGCCAUAUUUAUUAAUAUGGAUAUUGACAUGUAUCAUGAAGAAAGUGACACUCCAGCAAUGGCAAGAACUUCCAAUUUGAAUGAAGAAUUAGGACAGGUGAAAUAUAUAUUUUCAGAUAAAACUGGUACAUUAACAAGGAAUGUGAUGGAUUUUAAAAAAUGUACAAUAGCUGAGAAUAUUUACAUGUUAGAUGAGACACCGUAUGACACUCAGUUAGUUAAGAAUCUCCAAUCAGGUCAUCCCACAGCACCAUAUAUUAGAGAGUUCCUCAUCCUUAUGUCUGUGUGCCACACAGUGAUUCCUGAAAAAGCAUACAGUAGGGAGAUCCAGUACCAUGCUGCUUCUCCAGAUGAGCAAGCAUUAGUGAAAGGUGCCUGCAGUUUUGGUUAUGUGUUCGACACGCGGACGCCUCAUCAUGUCGAAAUUGAAGCACUUGGGACCCGUGAGCGCUAUGAGAUAUUAAAUGUUCUUGAGUUUACAAGUACACGCAAGAGAAUGUCAGUUAUUGUUCGCAAUCCUUCCGGCCAGAUAAAACUUUACUGUAAAGGUGCUGAUACAGUUAUAUAUGAGAGACUUGCUCCAGAAGGACAGCAGUUUAGAGAAGGGACAUUGAGGCAUUUGGAAAGCUUUGCAACAGAAGGCCUUCGGACACUUUGCUGUGCAGUUGCAGAUGUUUCUGAAGAUGCAUAUGAGGAGUGGAACAGGACAUACUACAAGGCUAGUACAGCUUUACAGUACCGGGAAAGAAAACUGGAUGAUGCUGCAAAUCUUAUAGAAAAUAACUUGAUUCUUUUGGGAGCAACUGCCAUUGAAGACAGACUUCAGGACCAGGUUCCAGAAACAAUAGCUGCAUUAAUUAAGGCUGAUAUCCAUAUGUGGGUUCUAACGGGUGACAAGCAAGAGACUGCGAUUAAUAUUGGCUACUCUUGCAGGCUGAUAGUACAUGGGAUGCCUAUACUUAUCCUCAAUGAAGACAGCCUAGAUAACACACGUGAAGUGAUUGCAAGGCAUAGUUCAGAUUUUGGUGACCAGUUGAGGAAACACAAUGAAGUGGCUCUGGUAAUAGAUGGGAAAACGCUUAAGUAUGCUCUGAGUUGUGAUGUGCGCAGAGAAUUUUUAGACCUCUGUGUUAGCUGCAGCGUGGUCAUAUGUUGUCGUGUUUCUCCUAUUCAGAAAGCUGAGGUGGUUGAGUUGGUAACAUCACAUACUAAGAGUAUUACGCUUGCAAUUGGUGAUGGGGCCAAUGAUGUAGCAAUGAUCCAAAAGGCCCAUGUUGGUGUAGGUAUCUCGGGUGUAGAAGGCCUUCAAGCAGCAUGUGCAUCAGACUACUCCAUAGCACAGUUUCGGUUCCUGCUGAAGCUGCUCUUAGUGCAUGGUGCUUGGAAUUACAACCGGAUGUGCAAACUGAUUCUGUACAGCUUCUAUAAAAAUAUUUGCCUCUUUGUUAUUGAACUGUGGUUUGCCAUCUAUUCUGGCUGGUCUGGACAGAUCCUAUUUGAAAGGUGGACCAUUGGCUUAUACAAUGUGCUGUUUACUGCAGCACCCCCCCUGGCUAUGGGCUUGUUUGACAAGGUGUGCUCUGCCGAAACAAUGCUAAAAUACCCAGCCCUGUACAAGCCAUCACAAAAUGCAGACCUUUUCAAUGUAAAGGUGUUCUGGGUGUGGAUCCUCAAUUCUCUGGGUCACUCAGUAAUCCUUUACUGGCUCCCUCUUUUAGCAGCAGAAAAUGAUGUGAUAUGGAGUAAUGGCAGGGAAGGAGGCUAUCUUCUGCUUGGGAACAUUGUUUACUCAUAUGUGGUAGUGACAGUAUGUAUGAAAGCAGGACUGGUAACAAAUGCGUGGACAUGGCUUACGCAUCUUGCUAUCUGGGGCUCCAUAGCGACAUGGUUCAUCUUCAUAGUCAUAUACAGCAAUUUUUGGCCAACAAUACCCGUGGGAGCAGUGAUGUUGGGGAUGGAUCGCAUGAUGUAUACGUCUCCUGUCUUCUGGCUCGGGCUAUUCCUUAUUCCAUUUACUGCCCUAAUACUGGAUAUUACAUAUAAAGUAGUGCAUGCGACAGCGUUCAAAUCUGUAACAGAGAUGGUACGAGAAAGUGAAAUACGGAAAGCUGAUCCUGGGAAAGUCAUCAUGAAAGAGACAAAACACUCAUUGACGGAAACUGCACGACUUCUGAAAAAUGUGCGCAAUGUGUUUACAUUCACCAGACGCUCUGCCACACGGGUAAAUAUGGAAGUGGAACUCUCCCAUGGAUUUGCAUUCUCACAAGAAGAAGGAGGGGCAGUGACACAGUCAGAGGUUAUUCGUGCAUACAACACAAACCUUCCCAAACCUGGAGGCAUGUGAAAUGUGAACAGGAAUGGAGAAGUUCUACAUGAACAUGGGUUUGGUAUUGAUUUAGUUAGCUUCCUGUUGUCUUUACAUUUUCCAGAAGUGCCUAUGUCACACACAGUCACCCACAUACUUGCCUUGGGCAAGGAAAGGUUACAUUCAAAAUACAGGUCUAUACUUCAGACAACAUUACUUCAUUGCACUUUAAGUAUUUAUAUUUUUUAUCUUACAGUCUCCUUAUUGUAUCAGUGUACUGUGUAAUAUAAUUCAAACAUGAUUUCAUUUUGAAAAAUGUUUAUCAGUUGUGUUGUUCUUUAGUAUUUAUUUUGAGGAGCUUAACAGUAAUCCAACUUUCAAAUCGUACUAAAGUAGCUUUCCUGAAUUCACCUAAAUAUUUUCUUUUAACAGCUAUGAUCUGUUUGUGUUACAAGGUUUUCCAAACAUAGUAUAGUAUGAACUAAAACCGAGAUUGUUGUGUGAGUCAUCCAGAAUGGUUCCUUAAGAAUAAUAAGAGUGACAGUGAUGACAUAGUUGGCAUUUGUUCAGAUCUUCUCACAGUGAAUGGUAAAAGAAAUAUGUAAGUUCUUUUUUAAAAACUAGCUCUGGACUAAGGCUGUGGAGCUAGAUACAUAUAAAUAAUGUGUGUGAAAGAUGUUCAUAUAUAUAUAUAUAUUAUUUUUAUGAUGAGUGCCUUAAGGUUUGUGUAGUGCUGAAGACAAUUUUCUGUUGAAAUAUGUCACUGUUGAUAUACAUUAGAAUUGUGUGGCCCAGACGAUGCAAAUUUUCUAGUCUGCAGGCAUAAUAAUAUGUUAUAUUAUGUGUGCAUACUAUUCUGCAUAUGGCAGAAUAUUACCAAAGAGCAGAUUGUAAUUAAACUUGAAUUUGUAUAUGUAUGUAUAUAUAAAGUGUUCAAGCUAGUGUGGAGCAAUUUUGCAGUCUGUGUUUUUAGACCUGGCCAUAUGCAUCAGAAUGGCUAAUGGAUUUGAUUGAAUCCGCUGAGAAUGUGUAUGUACUAGUCAAAAGUGUCAUCCUCUCACAAUACAGCUGUAGCUAACCACUGCCGUGUUAUUUAUUGCUAUGCUUCUCCUCAUGCAUAACCCAUAGGCCAGGUAUUAAAACACAGCCUAUAUCUCCAUUAUUAAUUAAAUAAGAACUAAUCUAAAAUCUCCCUGGAGGCAGUAUGCACUCUCACUUGUAAAUUACAUUGGGCAGUGAACAUUUAUUUUGUAUGUGUGGGAAAACUAAAUAAUGUAACGAGAUAUUUCUUCAUGCUGCUAUCAUUUUCAGUGACUGUAGCAUCAGAAUAUGUUGUAACUUUGGUUUUGUUUCUCUCUUAGUAGCUUUAGAUUUGUGAUACAAUUGUGCUUUUUAAUGUACAGGUUUGUAGAACAUUGAUAGUGUAUGUAAUUUAAGAAGUGUUUACUCUUCCCUCUCCGAGGCCUUCUGUACAUAACAUAUGAUAGUGCGUUACCAUACUUUAUGGACAGUUUGUUUGUUAUUGAAGUUUGUGACAUGAGUUAGCAGUCUGUUUCAGUACUGAUUGUCAGAUGUGAAAAAACUAGACCUUUAUAUAGAAUCCCCCCCCAAAAAAAUCUCUCAGAAUUAUGUCAAAGGAUCUAGUCUUUCUUAUGUUAUUCAUAGGAUAUUUAAUGAAACUUAUCAACUUUAGAGGUUAUUAUAUGAGAGGACUUAAAAUGGUAGUAUUAAUGGAUGCAGGAAAAACAGUUAAGGCUAAGUUUAAAGUACUCUACCAUCUCUUGAUUUGCAUAUAACAGUGAUUUUAAAAUGUUAUUCUGAAAUACUCUGGAGAUGUACUGACAAGUUAUAAUUUGUCACUUAUGUACCAUGGAAUAUUCUUUAAACAUGCAGUCUCUUAUCUAUUUGUUAGAGAUGGUACAGUAGCAUUCUAGAAACAUACAAGUAUAUGCUUAUCAAAUUUUUAUGAUUAAUACAACAGUUUAUUAUCUGAUCUAAUAGGAUGCAAAGAGGAUAUCCUAAAGUGCAAUGCUUGAUUUGCACCCUCUGUGGUGUAGUACCUGUGAUUGUAACUUACUCAGGUGUCUUCAAGUAGACUAAGGAAUAGUGAUGCAAGGGCUGAUAAUCAUCCCUAUCUAAAGGAAUUUUAAGAGACAAUCAAAUGUUCUUGCAGCUAAAACCAAGAGCGCUUUGGUAAUGCUCGCUCUUUUACCAAAUAAUGAUCAUAUAGUAAUUACUCCAGGUUAUAUGGGAUUGACUAAGUUUAUACUAUUAGAUUGGUAUGUUAAUUUUCCAUGAGCAGGAUGUAACAUUAGUUUUACUGAUGCUGAAAUCAUGCAGUUGUCAGUGCUCCAACCUCAUACAAAAUCAGUCUCAGACUGUAGUAGACUACAAUCUUUAGGACACUUAAGGGCAUGGUAAAUUUUUAUAUCAGCAUACCUAGAGAAGUUACUUGAAUGAUGUAAGUCAUCAGUAAACACAUUUGAAAACAGAGGCCAGGACACGUCCUUGAUGAACACCAGAAAGUAUUUUAAAGACAAUGAAAGAGUUCCAGAAACAUGGAGCUGUGAUUUCCUGUUGGUUAGGUAACUGCAAAAUCAGUUUACCUGACCACGAGAAAGUCCAAAAUAAAUGGCAACAGCUUGACAGUGAGAACCAACUAAAGAUUUGAUAAAAUAAGAAAAAGUUACGAGAUUAGUGAUGGUAAAUCAAGAUUUAGUAAAACUGUGCUGGCAUAAAUUUAAAGUAAUGUGAAAAAUGGUCAUGAAUAACAAAUUCAAAUAAUUUGAAAGAAUUGUUAAGAAUAGAGAUUGGUCUGUAAUUACUAAUGGAAGCACUACUGUCUUUCUUAAAAACAGGAACAACUACUGCUUGCUUCCAUAUGGUAGGGAGAUAUUGCCAAGGCAAACUUAUAUUAAAAAAAUAUGUUUCAAAACAGGUGUAAAGGUAUCAGAACAAUGCCUAAUAACAAAGCUAAGGAUGUUAUCAAGACUGACAGAUUUUGAUGGCCUCAAAUGUUUAAAGGCUGUAAAAACAUCUGAAUCAUAAAUAGAAGCUAAAUGUAAAAAUUCAGAAGAUAAUGGAAGGAAGGACCUGAACAAGGGUUAUUAUAUAAUUACUUACUUAUGGAACCGAGCCCUUCUUGAGCAGAAGCCAAAUCUGCAGCUACUCAAGA